CAAAGUCAAUGGCCCCGGCGUUUUCGCACCUCGCAUUGGAGCCAUGUAUCCGCCUACACUCCACGAACUUUGGACAGGAAGAAUGUGCACACAGGCAGUGAUCAGAUACCUGUUUCUACUUUUUCUCACGUUGGUCAAAACGUUCAUCGCUGGGAAUUCCGAACAAAAUGAGAUCGGCACAUUCUGGCAUAUCACCGAUUUUCAUGUCAAUACGACAUAUAUUAUAAAAAAUACAACAGGCUAUUUCGGUGACUAUGGACGGGACACAAGCACACUUGUUGCUUUCACUGGAAUUGAAUUCGCUAAUGAUAUGGGCUACGCAGAAAAUAAGCCGGAUUUUGUAGUAUGGGGAGGGGACGCUGCACCGCAUGAUCAAAGGCAGACCAAGGAAGAUGUGCUCGAGAGUCUGCGGUUUCUGUCGCAGCAUCUUCGAUACGCUUUUGAUCCAACGGAAGUGCCACUUAUACCGAUAAUUGGAAAUUACGAUGUUUUCCCAUCAAACACAAUGAGCCCAUUGACGGAAUCUCGUCAGAGAGCCAGUUGGUGCACCCGGCUGUCUAUUGACGAAAAUCUUUGGUUUGCCUGGAACGAAUACAUAAAAGAAAUGCGGGAGAUACAUCCCGACAUUCCAAGUUUCGAUUUUUCUACAAACUGCUACCAAGCAUUAAUUGUUCAGCAAGACCCCCUAUUAGUCGUCAUUGGCCUCAACAGUCUGGUGUGGUACGAGAACAACCCUCAGGCGAACGAGAGUAUUUCUGACCCGUUGGGUCAACUCAGCUGGUUAAGAAGAACGCUUAAUGCAGUUCGGGGAAUCAAGGCAAAGGCCAUCGUUGCAACUCAUAUCCCUAUCGGCGUUCACGAAUUAAACGCAGAAAACAGCGUCUACUUGAAGUGCAGCUACAACGAACAGCUAACGCAGCUUCUUCGCGAAUAUGCCGACGUGAUCAUAACUACGCUGGCUUCACACUUACACACUGAUACCUUUCGCGUUGUUCUGGACGAAGAUUAUAAUCCAGUUGGGACCUUAUUUCUCGGACCUUCUGUGGAUCCGUUUUACAUGAAGGGGAUUGGAUCUUUUAAUCCACGCCUCCGUCAGUUUCACUACAACAGAAAAACCGGUGUCCUGUUGGAUUAUACCCAGUAUUAUCUUAAUUUGAGCGAACGUGCCCCCACAUGGCAAAAGGAGUAUCAAGCGAGAGAGGAGUACGGCAUUCGAAACCUCACAGCACCCUCUAUGGCGGACCUACUGGACGAAUUUACUGUGGAGAACGACAAGGAUGGGCACUGGGGAAAAUACUGGAAGCAUCAUCUUGGUGGUCGCCCUCACGAUCCUGUUCAGUACUUUGAGAAUGGAGAAUGCCCUGAAGCACAGUCCGUAUGUCGUUGUCAGCAAGUUUGUGCGAUGCGACAUUCUGAGUUUACCGAACUGACUCAAUGUCUAAGUGUGUGUAACAGCCAGCCGAAACCAAUCCAAAAGACAAUCAAACAACUGAUCCAUGAUAGACUCAACCCAUCUGCGGGCAACAAGAUGACAUCCAUCACGGACUUAGCACUUUACGGAUACUUUGUUUUAGCUAUGUUGCUAUGGAUGUCAGUCUAAUUAAUCGAGGUUGGUCAGAAGGAAUCACAACUUGCACCAUUCGAUUACUGAAAGCACUCAGCCGACUAUUCUAUUCCGCUAUGUCAGAUGCUUAACUGCGUGUUUCUCAUUGUACUGGUGUCAGGUGCUUAGGACUUUCGGUCACUUUGACAGUCUUAUCAUGCAUAAUACUAACACGCUAUAUGGGUUCUCAUCUCCUGUUUAUCAAACUUUCUUGUUACUCGUCGCUGCGAUUUCGACACCUUAAUGUUACUUCAGUAAUCAUAACCUAGUACCCACUUCUUGUGUACAAGGCUAUUCCGAACACAUGGUCUACGGAAAUUUUCUUCGAUCAAUACAUCAGGACCAGCAUGA